AAAGAGCGCGGGGAAGGUGGAGAUGAUUAGGCAAAUGAAGGGCUGGGAGUUGUAUUAUUUCUUUUUGUUCAUUUGUUUUUUUUUUUCUUCUUUCCCGUUGGAAGAGAAGGAAGAUGCGCAUCGCAGAAUAAUUGUCACAUUGCGAUUGAUCAAACAUUUUACGUAUGGUAUGGUUUGUGAUGCUCCUCUAGAACUCCGCCCAAUUGACACAAUUUCCAUCUCUUUCUACCAUUGUCCAUCAGAGCAAGACAGCAUUACCAUGAAGACCGCCCGGCAUCAUGAACCAAUCACAGCUAUUGUACAUUAAGACCAAAUGAAUAUUUUGAGGUUGGAAAAAUUAGUCUUCGGUCACCGCUCACUUGGAGCGCAUGCAUCUACGACCGCGACAGACAAAACACACAAUUUUCAAGAAAUCUCUAUUUAAACAAGAUAAAUUAAUAAUAAUAAUUAAUUAAAAAAAGAAUAAGAAGUAACUGAAAUAAUUGAGAUACAAGACAAAGUACUAUUGACAAAAAGAGAAAAAAAAACUAUUUCAAUAGACGGGAAAAAUAAUUGAGAACGGUUUUUUUUUCUGGAGAAAAAAGUUGCUAAAAUUUUCAAUGUAAAUAGGAUUUUUUUUUCGUGUGUGUGUGAGUGUGUGGGAAAUCUGAAAAUAAGGAAAAUCUCAAGUAGUUUAUUCUGUUUCCAAGUUCUCUUAAGCUGUGAAAAGAUUAAUAUUUCAGUUUAACGUCCUCUUUUGUGUUUGUUUCCCGCCAAAAAAAGAGAAAUUGAGUUCCUUCUGUUUGUUUUUUUUUUGUUUAAAUUUUGAUUUAAAAAUCAAUCUGUUCUCAAAGAUUUAAAAAAGAAAUCUGUUUCUAAAAGUGGAUUAAGUGAAAAAAAAAUUGAAGUGGAUUGAGUGACACAAAACAAGAAAAAAAAGCCUCUUAGAGUAGCCGGUUCAGCAAAGUUCCUAUUAACAAAAGAUUUAAAAAAAAUAAAUAAAUAAAUCAUCAACAAAAUAAUAAUAAUAAAGUAUUUAGAAAGAUUAAGUGUGCAAAGUAGGAAGAGAAAAAAAGAGAAGAAAAAAAGAUGGCUCAAGCCCCUUUAAAAAAGUGUUCCUACUAGGGAAAGUUUCUGUUUUUUUGUUUUUAAUAAUAAUUUCCUAAAACAGAAAGUGAAGAAAAUGUAUUUGGAAAUACUUGUGAUUUGAUCCCAAAAUCCUUGUUUUUUUUGUGAUCUUUGGGACAGAACACAAAGUGAGAAAGAAGGAAAAAGAAAGAAAAAAAACCCGGAGAAACCAAACUGUUCCUAAAAAAAAACAACAGCCUAAGUGUGAUGGCACAGGAAGCCUGGCAACUGUUCCCAAGUCCCCAAAUGAUGCCCUAAAGGAGAGAGGGAGUCAUGACUUUAAUUUCGGAAGAAAUGUAGCUAAAUCAACCUAUAAAUGGCGUAAAAUAAACCUCGCAUUUUAAUCCUAAACCUAGAAAAGAAAAAUAAAUAAAAAAAAGAAAACAAGUCUAAGUCUAAGUUUUAGCCGUUUAGUGUAAGAGUUCUAAGAAAAGCUAUAGCAAAAAGAAAAGAAAAAAACAAUUGAUAUUAGUGAAACAAAAAGAAAUAUCUGAUAAAGUAUCUAAACAAAAAAAGAAAAAGAAAAAAAAGGAAAAAGCACACCCAAGAUAUUGCAUUCAGAACAGAAAACAAAAGAAACAUAACCUAAAUAACUAACAUUUAAAAAUAAAAAGUGAGAACAGUCCUCGUUGCAACAAAAUCAACUAAUUAAAAAGAAGAAAAAAAUAUUAUAUUAAAAAAAAAAUCAACAAAGUUCCUCGUGAGUUUUUUCACAGUGAUCCUCUUAAGAAAAGAAAAAAAAGAAAAAAAAGAAUAAACAAAAUUUUUUCAAAACUUAUUUUUAUAUCGACUAAUCAUAGGAGUUAUACAAGAAAAAAAAAUCCAUUUAAAAAAGAAAAUUACAUAAAAUAACAAUUUAAGGAAAGCAAAAACAAAAAAACAAAACAAAUAAAACUGUUCCCAAAUGGCAUGUGACAAAGUGAUUAUCUAACCGUCGGAUUAAAAUAUAACCUAAAAGAAAAAAACAAAAAAAAAGCAAAAAAUAAUAAACUCUGUGCCAGGAUUCCCAAAAUCGACUGACUCUAUCUAUCUCACGCCAAAUCAUCCACAAGCAUACAACUACUCUAUGUUCCUAACCCAUCGACUGACGAAAUUGUGGAUUUUGGCAUGAGAUUGGAUUAAAAACAUUGAUAAAUAAUUGAAUGAGAACGAUCAACAAUGGACUGCAUAUGCAACUAAAACACAAUUUACAGAUAUUUGGUGACAUUUCCUGCAAAAUGGAGCAAUUUCAAUGGUCUUCCUGAGGGCAUCAACACCGAUUGAUAUUUCCAUCACAGAUAUUAGGUUGGAUAUUAGGGAAAAUAAUGUGAGAUUUAGAGCAUAAAAAGGAGAAAAAAAAACAAGGAAACACUGAAAGAAAGGAAAAGUAAAAGAAAAGAAAAACGAGAGAAAAACAAAAAGAGGCCGACUGUUGGUUUUUAUGGCAAAGUCACCGCCGCCAAAUGCGAAACAAGAGGCUAUUGCGAUGCCACCGCCAUCUUUGGAGUCACCCACUUCCGAUUCAGCUCCCAGAAAGAGACGCCGAAAACGCGAUGAUCCACAGAGUUGCACAACAGCUGAGCUGGAUUACGACUCAGACGAGGCUUCUCCUCGAUCGUGCUCAGACGUGGAGAGUUUCCAGGGAAAGAUCGUGUACAAUUCCGAUGGAAGCGCCUACAUUAUCGAUUCGGACAAUGACUCUCUGUCGCAUAUCUCAGACUCCUGUGUCGCAGGUGUCGUCUCACCAAAUAAUCCAAAAAUCCAUUCGUUUAGAGUUGUAAUGGCAAGGGAGGCAUCUGUAAAUAUUAGUGAACUGAAUAGGAUAUCAAAGCCAGUGCUCAUGUGUUUCAUAUGUAAAUUAAGUUUUGGCAAUGCUAAAUCAUUUGGUAUUCAUGCCAAUAGUGAACACAAUCUCAAUUUGCUCGAAAGUGAAAAGACAUUGCUCAGUCGUGAAUAUUCGAGUGCCAUUCUCCAAAGAAAUAUCGACGAACGUCCUCAGAUAUCAUUUCUGGAACCAUUGGGUAGUGCAUCAGUUGCACCAAUACCCUUGGUACCAGAUACCAAAAUAGCAAGUGAUAUUGCAACAAAUCCAGAAACGGAGAAAGAAUUUUCAUCAGUUGAUACAUCAUCACCUGAAUUACCAUCAACAAUGGCACCACCUGAUACCCAGACUGAUACCCAAGCAUCACCAGAUGCACCACCUAAGCCACCAGAACCCCCAAAAUCACCAAGUCCCCAUAUGCCAACACCACCAACAUGUGAACCCAAAAAUUAUGCACCAACAAUGUCCCCAACAUCAACUGUAGCACCAUCAUUCACCAUUGGUGCCUGUCCCGAUCACAUCAAUGGUCGACCCCUUGGCAUUGACUGCAUCAGAUGCGAGAUGAUCCUAAAUUCAGCAAGGCUGGGUUCAGGUUCACAGAUUAGCACAAGAAAUUCCUGCAAGACCCUCAAGUGUCCCCAAUGCAACUGGCACUACAAGUAUCAGGAAACCCUUGAGAUACAUAUGCGUGAAAAGCAUCCAGAUGGUGAAAGUGCAUGUGGCUAUUGUUUAGCUGGACAGCAACAUCCUCGUCUUGCCCGUGGUGAAUCGUAUACGUGUGGCUAUAAGCCGUAUCGUUGUGAAAUUUGCAAUUAUAGCACAACGACAAAGGGUAACCUGAGUAUCCAUAUGCAGAGUGAUAAGCAUCUAAAUAAUAUGCAAGAGCUCAAUAGCACACAAUCUCUUGCAUCGACAGCUGCUGGGGUAGCACCAGUAUCAGUGGCUGAUCACGAAGGACCCAAAAUGCUACAACAAAUCACCCAAAGUGGACAAGGUGGUCUUGGUGGUGGUAUUGUGGCCAGUAAGCCAAAACCAAGUUUUCGGUGUGAUGUAUGCAGCUAUGAGACGAGUGUUGCCAGAAAUUUGAGGAUUCACAUGACUAGCGAAAAGCAUACACACAAUAUGGCUGUCCUUCAGAAUAACAUCAAGCAUCUUCAGGCUCUGAGUAUCAUACAACAUACGCAGAAUAUGGGACAGGCUGGUCAAUUGAGUGGUAUACCAUCAUUGACACAGAAUAUCCCAGCGUCAAUACAGAAUUUCCUACCAGAAGCUGCCCUGGCGGAUUUAGCCUACAAUCAGGCCCUGAUGAUACAACUACUGCAGCAGGCUGGUCAGGGAUCAGGUGGUGGUCAGAAUAGUGGUCAACCUGGACCACCAGCUGGUCGUAUAUCACCAUCACAGAGUGGUAUUGGGAUGUGCAAUGUUGAGCAGGAUAGUGGCAUGAGUCCAGAAAGUUUUGAACCACCAUUUGACAUUGAUACACGACCAACAGCCCUAUUUACCUGCCUAGUCUGUGGUAGUUUUAGCACAAAUAGCCUAGAUGAUCUCAAUCAGCAUCUAAUGGCUGAUAGAACACGAACACCUGGUACAGAUGUAAUGCUAAUUCUUGGUGGUAAUUACAUUUGUCGUCUGUGUAACUAUAAAACAAAUUUAAAGGCUAACUUUCAGUUACACAGCAAAACGGAUAAGCAUUUGCAAAAGGUGGCCUAUAUGAAUCAUUUACGCGAAGGUGGUGCCGCCAAUGAGUACAAACUCAAAUACAGUGGUACGAGUGUUAUACAAUUAAAAUGCAAUUCAUGUGACUAUUAUACGAAUAGUAUACAAAAAUUGAGUCUACAUUGUCAACAUAUGCGUCAUGAUGCCCAAAAGAUUGUCUUCCAGUAUUUACUGUCAUUGCUGGAUGGUACAGAUGAUAGCAAUCAGGCUGCCCUACACUGUCAACUCUGCAAUGUGGCAAUGCCGCACACACUUGCCAUGAUGCAGCACGUUAAGAGCCUACGUCAUGUUCAAAUUGAACAAAUUGUCAGUCUUCAGAGACGAUCAGAUGGAUUCGAUGGACUCAGUCUGGCGGCAAUGUACAAAAUUGUUGAACCAGACGCCAGUUCGAGCUGUAGUGCUGUGAAAAGUGAAGAACAGAGUCCUGCACCAUCUCCUGGUCGUCCAGUAGCUGCUCCCAGUGAAGCUCCCAAAGCACCAUCGCCACUUCGGUGCUCCAUGUGCAACUUCCGGAGUGUCUCCCAAUUGGCACUGGAGCGUCAUGUGGCUGGAUGCUGCGGGGAAGAACAGGAAGCACCAGUACCACCUGAAACAGAUCCAGAGGCCAUUGAUGAGACACAGGAGAAGAUUGAGGGUGAUCAGGAGGAACAGCAGACAGAGGAUGUAUCCAUUGGAUGUCCACUGUGUCAGGAGGCAUUUGGGGAUAAGAGUACCCUGGAGCAACAUGUGAUGGGUGUUCAUAGUGUCAAUACAGAUGGACUAUCGCGAUUGCUGCAUCUGGUGGAUGCUAGCCAAUGGCCAGGAGUCAAGAGGAUGUCAUCGGGUGAAUCCGGAAAUACAGAAAUUGAAUGUAGCGCCUGUGGUAAUAGUAUGAGAACAUUCCAUGAACUCCUGGCGCAUUCCAAUGAGAAGCAACACUUUCAUCACACAAAUGAUGCAUACGUGUGCAUCCUCAAGUCCUGUCAGCAGGUCUUCCCCAAUAUCCCACCCUUAAUCCAACACUAUAAGGAUACCCAUCUCAAUAUAGUGAUUAGUGAACGUCAUGUGUACAAGUAUCGUUGCAAACUCUGUUCCUUGGCCUUCAAGACACAGGAUAAGCUCAAUAAACAUUCCGUCUACCAUGCCAUGCGUGAUGCCACGAAAUGUGCCAAUUGUGGCCGAAGUUUCCGGACAGCACUGGCUCUCCAAAAGCACAUGGAUCAGAUGCAUUCACCGGGAAAUGCUGGUGAUCCAGGAGAAUUUCAGGGUCCAAUAAAGGCCGAACUGGAAGUUGAGAUGAUGAGUGAUGAGGGUCAGAGUGAAACUGGUGGAUGCAUUGAGGCUGGUGAUGAUGAAUUGGGGCUGUGUCAGGGUGAAGAUCUAUCUGGUGGUGAUCAGGGACGAAAGCAUCAGUGUCACAAGUGUCGAAUGGCCUUUACCCAUCAAAAUUACCUCCUGCAACACUACAGAUCACCAACGCAUCGACGCAAUGAACGUCAAGUGGCCAGUAGCUAUCCAAUUGAGAAGUACCUUGAUCCAAAUAGACCAUUCAAGUGUGAAAUAUGUCGGGAGAGUUUUACACAGAAAAAUAUACUUUUGGUACACUACAACAGUGUAUCGCAUUUGCACAAACUGAAAAAACAUUCAGAAACCAGUACUCCGGCUACAUCCCCCAGUGAUCUGGAGCGUCUGGUUGAGGAUCUGGAUGAACACAAUACAACAGAUCCAGAACCCGAUGAUACCAAUAAACAGGGUGCUGUUAAGAGGAAACUCCUACCCGAUGAUGACUAUGAGAGUCCUAAGAAGCGCUUUAAGUGUGAUAUUUGUAAAGUAGCCUAUGCCCAGGGUAGUACCCUGGACAUUCACAUGCGCAGUGUACUCCAUCAGACACGAGCUUGUCGACUUCAGGAACAGCAGCAAUUGCUGCCAAAGGUGCAACAUGAUGUUCAGACAGCAACUGUUGUAGUGUCUGCAAGUGUAAGUCCUACACCAUCAACUGUAAGUGGAACUGAAGUACUGAGUCCGGGCUUAGAUGAGGAAAAUCCCAAACUCAAUAAUCACGUCUACAAGACCCUUCUGGAAAAUUUUGGUUUUGAUCUGGUGAAGCAAUUCAAUGAGAUCAAUAAACACAGUACAGCUGAGUCUAUUCGGGAGAUGAGAGAGGAAGAUAGAUACUAUUGUCGUCACUGCAAGAAAACCUUCUCUAGCAUCUUCGUGCUUAAGUCCCAUUGCGAGGAGAUGCACAAUGAAACAAUUCCUGUGGAUUUUCUUGAGAAAUUUGCUGAAAAAUUCAAAACAUACUAUUUUGAAUCUGGCUACCUGGAUGCUGCUGAUGUAUUAGAUUACAGUAAACGCCAACAAGACUGCAAACCAAAAGCAACAUCCAAAAUUAAUUUAUCAUCAGCCAUACCCGUAUCAUUCUCCAUUGCAUCAACAUCAACACUGAAGAUACCCCAAGUUGGGGGUCCAACUGCCAAUACAGAAGCAACAACUGAAGCAAGUGAUGCUGCUUUUUUGGCCCAAAAGCUACUUGAGCAGCAACAGACACCACAAUUACCACCAAAUGUUGCCCAUAAUCUCUCCCAGAGCUUCCAGACAAUUCACAAUUUUGGCAAUGUCAAUAGCAUACCAUUUAAUACCAUUGACAUGAUAAAUCUAAUGCAAAUUCACCAUUUAAUGUCACUGAAUUUCAUGAAUAUGGCACCACCACUCAUUUACGGUGCUGCCGGACAAAAUCAACCAUCAGCACCAUCUGUACCACCAACAGAUCUAUCACCAGCUCCGGCACAAGCUCAGCAACUCCUGCAGCAGCAUCCAGUCGCAUCCAGUCAGGUACAGGGAAAUCAAAAACGUGCCCGAACGCGCAUUACAGAUGAACAAUUGAAGAUCCUAAGGGCACAUUUUGACAUCAAUAAUUCUCCAAGUGAAGAAAGUAUCCUGGAGAUGUCAAAGAAGGCAAAUUUGCCAAUGAAGGUGGUGAAGCACUGGUUUCGGAAUACGCUGUUCAAGGAGCGCCAACGCAACAAAGACUCCCCCUAUAAUUUCAACAAUCCCCCCUCAACAACACUAAAUCUGGAAGAGUACGAAAGAACGGGUCAGGCAAAAAUAAUAAAAUUGAUCGGUGAAGAGGGUGGUACAAAUAAAGUGGGUGGCUUUAGUAUGGAAGAACAGCGAAGUAAGGAUCCAUCCGAUAGUCCAAAAUCUGAACCAAUUGUAAAGCAAGAACUUGAAUUGGUCGAUGAUCAGAGAAUUGGACAAUUUGAUGAACCAGAACCACCACAAUUGAGUGCAUGCAACAGUAUGUCGAGCAAUGGUGACAAUAUAUUUGGUUUUGAGGCAAAAUCCGAUGGUGGAACUGAUGGUGGUACAUCGAGACCACAAACACCAAUUGUUGGUUCGACAUUUGGUGCCAUUGGUGAAUUGUUGGGACAACAGAUGGACAGUGGACAGAAUAUGGGACCGCCGAAGAAAUAUCAAUUGCCAGGGAAGACAUUUGAACCACCACCAUCGUCACUUGUAGCAGCACCACCAUCAGCUGGAUCAACAUCGAGUGGCAAGAGAGCCAAUCGAACAAGAUUUACGGAUUAUCAGAUAAAAGUUCUGCAGGAAUUCUUCGAGAAUAACUCCUAUCCCAAGGACAGUGAUCUAGAGUACCUCAGCAAGUUACUGUUGCUGUCACCACGUGUCAUUGUUGUGUGGUUCCAGAAUGCCCGUCAGAAACAACGGAAAAUUUAUGAAAAUCAACCAAAUAACUCAUUUUUUGAGUCUGAAGAGAAAAAAUCAAAUAUCAACUAUACGUGCAAAAAGUGCAAUUUGGUAUUUCAGCGAUACUAUGAAUUGAUACGUCAUCAAAAGAAUCACUGUUUUAAGGAGGAGAACAACAAAAAGUCAGCAAAAGCACAAAUAGCAGCUGCCCAGAUAGCCCACAGUUUGAGCAGUGAAGACAGCAAUUCUAGCAUCGAUGUUGGUCAUCAGGUGGGCCAACAGAUGGGUAUUGUGGGGGCAUCACAAACGUCACAAUCUGACGAUGGACCAUUGAAUAUGGCAACACAACAGAUCCAGACACUAAUCGGUACCGUAACUUCUUCACUAUCACUACCACAAACGUCACCUAAUGUGUCAAUGUCAAAUGUUAACAGCGCCACUGUACACAGUGAGCCGGAACAAAAUCACCAACACCACCACCACAACAGUAAUGAAGCCACUGACAUCGACAAUGUAGGAGGAGGUAUUCAUGAUGUAUCAACUGCUGCUGUCGCUGCUGCUGUCGCUACUGCUGCCGUUACAUGUCAAAAUGGCAGCCAAAAUGACGAUAGACUGACAUCAUUGGAAUGUGACAAAUGCAGUGCUGUCUUUACACGUCAGGAUCUCCAUCGGGAACAUCAUCGUCUGCAUACAGCACCACCGCCACCGCCACCCACGCUGCCAUCAUCAAUUCAUGGUGCAACACUAACAACAACAACAACACCAGCAGCAGCAGCAACAACAUCAUCAUCGGAUGAAGGACCCCCACAUCAUCACCCACCCACCACAUCACCCGAUGACAUUGACUACCUCCUUCAGUGUCGGUCCUUCGAUUCGCCCGAACACAGCGACAGUCAAUCACCGGGCGAUCUAACAGCCGUUAUGCAGGAUGACAGUGACAGUGGUGCACAUGAAUCUCAUCAACCACCCACCAAUAAACGCCUACGUACGACAAUUCUGCCAGAACAACUAAACUACCUGUAUGAAUGCUAUCAGGCCGAGUCCAAUCCAAGCCGCAAGAUGCUCGAGGAGAUCAGCAAGAAGGUCAACCUCAAAAAGAGAGUUGUCCAGGUAACAUCCCAUAGACUUAACUCAUGCCUCGAGCCACCAAAAACAUCUCCAUCAUUCCUAUAAAUCCACAUAAAAUUCCACUACAGCACCCCCCCCCUGCCCCACCACCACGUUUUAAUCUCUUUGCCAGAAGUAACAAUACAGUACACUCAGCUCUACCGCUAUCCGGAACAGAGAUACCCAGGUGACAGCUGCCAAUGGCGGUUGAUGUAUUCAAAACGUCUUUUUCUUUACCGAUUCGAAGGUAGGAUCGAAGGAACAUGUAUUGUCACUUUAAGAACUCAUGUUAGAACCAAUAAUGCUGUGGCUCAGGGGUCACUACUGGGCCCACUUCUCUUCUCAUUGUUUAUAAAUGACCUUCCGUCGUCCUUACUCGGUUUGCUCUUACUAUCUAUAUGCAGAUGACCUGCAAGUGUUUUCUGAUGGUGACCCAAGUAAUCCAACAGAGACCUUUAACCACCUAAACAUGGUUUUAGCUCGAAUAGAGUCUUGGGCGAUUCAUAAUGGCCUUCAUUUAAACCCUAAAAUGUCACAGGCCCUUAUAAUAUCUAAAAUGUCGUUGUGUGGUCCGAUUCCACCUCUCACAAUCUACGGAGAAUCGAUUCCGUUUGUUGAGAAAGCACGCAAUCUCGGCGUCAUCUUUAAUUCGUCCUUCACCUGGUCAGACCACAUUUCUCAUAUCAACCAAAGAGUUUAUUGUACUCUGCGGACGCUUCGUAGGUAUCGUGAGCUCAAGCCAAAAAAUACUUCGACUUGAACUGUUCUUCGCAGCGGAUUGUGACACACUGCGGAGGCUAUCUGUAACCUUCCACGGCUGUGUCAGGUACGCGUUUGUGGCCUCGGCCCCCGUGAUCACAUCUCCGAGCAUCGCAAUAUCCUGGUGGGUUGUGAUCUCCCAUCACUUCUCCGUCUGAGAGCGGUGUCAUUCCUUUUCCAUUUGAUAAUUUCUGGGAGACCGCAAUACUUGGCCUCACUCCUGAUUCCCGGGGCCUCUGCCAGGGUCCGCGGACUCUUGGUUCCUAGAGCUAGCUCGAAUCAGCUCUCCCGCACGCUUUUUGUCAAGGGGAUAGUUUUAUAUAAUUCUAUUCCCCCGAAUGCCCGACUAUCCGUUGACGGAAUAACAGGGUACUUUCAGUCUCAGUCCUAAUAAAUUAAUUUACAGUAGACUCUCACUCAAUCGGCUCUUUCUCAAUCGGGCGUCAAAUUUUGUUGACAAUUUUCACGCUUAAUUAUGAAGCUAAUUCGCUCAAAUUCGCUGUAGUUCUUCCUAUUUUAUCGUGAUUCUUUAUAAUUGAGCGCUUUUUGUGGAAUUUACAAAGGCUUUGACGCUCAAUUCUAUCGCUAAACCGGAUGACAUUUUGCCCCAUAUUCACGAUUGAGAGAGAGUCUACUGUAAUACGAUGAGUAAGAUAUUACUGUUCGUAUUAAUUGCUUUCUGAAUCGUCUCACAGGCAAUUCGAGCAAUUUUCCAUGAGUUCCAACUGUGAUUCGGUCAGUUUUCGAGCGAAACACAAGAGAGAGAGGCAAGAUAAAACACUUACUGUCAUUUGUUGGCAUUCUUGCAGUUCAGAAAGUAUUAAUCUUAAUAUGUGACAUGGUCAUGAUAUUCUUUUGAGCUGUCCCAAAAUUCAGGAAAAGUUUGAGAAAAAUCCUUUUGUACAACAAUUAUUUUGGUUAAUAAGGAAUGCAAAAGUAUGUAUUACAAGAAGGGACACAGUUUGCUAAUAAGGAUAAAAUAGAAAAGAAAAUAUUUUGUCGCGAUUUUCAGAGAUUUUUUGCAACUGCAGCGCCGCCAGACGAUUGUCAAGUGGGUUAUUUGUGUUUCUAUCUCUCUCUCUCACAGAACUCUCUCUCUAACUGUGUUAUCACA